UCUCUUCUCAGAGGAAACAUGGCUGCCUCUGCAUCGGAGAAGCCACAACGCAAUAUUGCAGAUAACGGAGAUGUGGUCGAGGAGGUACCUUCACAGUCGAAAGAAAUUAUAAAACCUGAUAUAGCAGAGCUAACCAAAGAGGUGCGGACCAAUAUCCUCUGUACUGUUGAAGGAUGUGGAAAGAUCCUUCCAAAUACCCCAGCCCUGAACAUGCACCUUGUUAAGUCCCACAGAGUCAAGGAUGGCAUUGUCAACCCCACUGUUAGAAAGGACAUGAAAGGCCCACAAAAACUCUAUUGCUGUCCAAUAGAGGGGUGCCCACGAGGACCAAAUCGACCCUUCUCACAGUUCUCCUUAGUCAAACAGCAUUUCAUGAAGAUGCACACUGAGAAGAAACAUAAGUGUGUGAAGUGUAGCAACAGCUACAGCACAGAGUGGGACCUCAGACGACAUGCGGAGGAUUGUGGGAGAACAUACAGCUGUACAUGUGGCUGCCCUUAUGCUAGCCGUGCUGCACUACUGUCCCACACCUACAGAACUGGUCAUGAGAUUCCAGAUGAACACCGGUACCCGCCGGUGAAGAAGAGGAAGAUGGAACGCAUGAUCUGCAGUGCGAUUAAAGUCCGACCCAUUGAGCCGACGUUUCCGAUGCCUGGAUCUGAAAAGGAGCUUUCAGAGGGAGCCAUCCCUACUGAAGGAGCAUGCCAAACCCAUGACACGGCAAGGCAGAAUCCCAAUCCCUCAAAAAGCAUGCAGAAGCUUCUCCUGCCAAAGCCCAAAGUGGCCCUGGUCAACGUUCCUGUGAUGCAGCUGGCCCACCUUCCCGUCCUCCUCCCGUCAGGAGACAGCAGUGCCUUGAGGUCCGUCGUCCUGGCUUUGGACUCGCAAGGCUCUCUGAGCACGUACCAUCUUCUCCCUCAGUCCUUUGGAGCGGUCAUGCCUACGCUAAGCACCAAGAAUUUAACCUUUAGAGACACUGUGUCAUACUCCAGACCUGGCUCUGGUGUUGUCAGUACUGGUGUCCAGGUAUGCAUGGACAGUGCAGUGUCUCCUGGGGACCUGGGUCUGGGGCUUGCGCUCCGAGGUAAGAGCACCUCCACAGACAUUCAGACAGACAUUUCAUACCUCAAAAAGGGACCCUCAUUGGACGGGGCUUUAGUGAGCUCCAUGGGCGAGUCCUCGGUCUCCUCCUGCUCACAAACAGACAUCAGUGUAAGCGCUCAGGUCUUACUGCCGGUCAGUGUGCAGACCCAGACAUUUCCUGCACGGGCCAAAGCCACUUCGUCCAUCGGCGCACAGACUGAAACCCACCACCAGCUUUCUUUUCAACCCUUUAACAUCACCAGGCAGACUCAGACUAAUUGUGCUGUUGGCACUCCAGAGGAAAAGGUUCUGAUGAACCAGUCUGUGAUGUGCUCCGGCCUCUUUGAUUCUGAUUCGCCCAGUGUCUCCACGCAAACAGUCUUGACGGACAUUCCAUUCCGCACUGGCAGUGUCCACGACCACCUCAGCUCAUCGGCCUCUGUGCUCUACAGCGACAAAACCGAAGCACCCAUGUGUUUCGGAGUCCAAACGGAUAAUCUUAACCAGAACUCCGUGGCAGACAACCAAACUCAGACCAUGACACUUCUGAACGACCUGGAGAACAUCCUGUCCGACGGCAUGGGAGAAGGGGCCCUGGAGAAUGACCAGACACUGUCGCCGUCGGCAGUGGGCUGCGGACCAGGACUGGAACAUGUGCAAGAGAACAGCACAGGCAUUGACUUUGACUUUGAGGAGUUCUUAAGUGCUGCACACAUUCAGACACAGACUGAGGAGAGUGAUCUGGGAGGCUUAAGCUCAGAGACACAACUGGAGCUGCUCGACAUUGAGACACAAACCGACUUCCUGCUCCUGGACAAACUCAGCGGAGGCGACAUGACCAGAACCCAGCAGACGGACUUGGAGAUGGAGAUGUUUGACACUCAGACGCAGACAGACCUGAACUUCAUUCUCAACCCGAGUGGUCACAUGCCCCUUGGGAACAUUCUGAGGCAGUCCAGCUUCAACAUAAGCACAGAGUCUUCGGACAACGAGACACAGACGGACAUCCGUCCACCCACGUUACCCUUGCCCUGCACAUCUGAUGGACAGGUGAGGCUUAGCAGCGCAGAGACCCAAACGGUAACAAGCUCCUUCGACAGCUUGGGCCACCUGUUCCUUACGAGCAACGAGACCCAGACAGUCGUGGACGACUUUAUGUCAGCGGACCUGGCCUGGAACAUGGAGUCUCAUUUCAGCUCGGUAGAAACACAAACCUGCGAGGAGCUGUUCUCUCUGUUUCAACACUCUGAGAAGCCCAACAGCUGAAGGCCCAGCUCCCCUGCUGCGGCUGGAAUUCAAAUCCCACGGAAAGCAUCUCUUGGCCUCUGAAAUCUACCUUUCGGAGCGAGGGUCAGAGAAUGGGUGCUUAGACAAACACUCAUCAAUAAGCCUAUAGAAGCUCCCUGCCAAUGUGUUCACUCACUAAAGUGUCAUUCCAAAUGUGUGAGGUAGUGAGUAAAUGAAAACAUUGAAGAAAAUAUACUGGCAGCACUUUCAGUUCACCUCAUGUCUCUGUGAUUUGCACAACAACAAAAAAAAUUAAAUACUAAAUGACAAAUUUGUAUAUGGUCAUCUCCACAGUCAGAGCAUGUGUAAUUUCAACACUGUAUGAAAGGUUCUCCUUCAUUAGGCUUCUUUUUGACAUUUUCCGAAAUUAAUGUCAAUGUAAAUGUAGUUGUGAAAACUACAAAGGUUGGAAGAUAGAUACCAGUCAAUUCAGUGAAGGGUAAACUGACUAAACACUAACAGUACUCGCAUGAAAAGAUUUAGAAAUGUACAUCUGUCAGUCCACUUGGACUGCUGCUCUGUCAGUAGACCCUCUUGAAGCUACAGUACAUCACCUGUGAGAAAACUGCCCAUAGACCUAACUGGAACGAUCCUGUGAUACUCAGUCAGAUACCACUAUGGGCCAAAAGACACUUCUUAUCCCAGAUAUUGCUUUUUACAUAUUUGUGAGCUUGCUGUAGGUGUAAAAGAAACCUUUAUGACCUGUGAUGUAAAUUGUGAGUCUACAAUUUGUUAGAUAGAACAGAAGUCUGUCACUGUGAAGAUAUGGUUGCUGUGCUCCUCUAGCAGGAAUCAUCACACAUUUUUUUUUCUUGCUGACUGUUAAUAAUACACUUAGUCAUCAUGAGGCAACCUCCGUUCUUUCAAAGUAAUGCUGUUUACAUGUGUUUGGUUUAUCAUUAAGCUUACCUUGAUACUUCGGUCAAGCAUUGAAAUAUCACAGAAAUACCUGCAUUGAAUGUGCAUUUUUGUAUUUAUUUGUGCUGUUGCUAUCUAUUUGCACGAGUACUUUCCUUUAGUUGGUGCCUUAUUUUAAUAGAAGGUAAGCAAUUGCCAUUUGUGUUGCGCAGGUGUAAUAUACCAUGAUGUGUUGUGGAUAAACCAACAUUUUUGUGAUUUUGUUUUAGUUACCUCUUUGUUGAUUACUUUUUUGGCUGCACAUUUCAAGUCUGCGCAACAGUUGCUCAGUAUAAGUGACUGCUGUGUAAAGCAAAAAUAUACUUGUGUGAAUGAUUGAAUUUCUGCCAUGGAAGCCAUAUUAACCAGCAUUCCAUACUUGUUACCACUGUGCGUGCGUGCGUGAGUGUGUGCGCUUUUAAGAUUAUGGAGUGUUUACCAACGCAUGUGGUAGUCGUCAUACAUCUAGCUCAAUCCAGCACCUGCUGCUUCAACCCUCUAAGUUAACACCUUAUACCUGUGCCUAUAAAUUAGUCAUUUUCAUUCGUUGUGCAUUUUGACUGAGUGAGUGCCUCAAAGAGGGUGUUUGUGUGUUUGGAAGGAAGAACAUAACCAGUGUUUCUAUACAACCAUACAAGUUGUAUCCUUUAACUUUGAUGUUUGUUUCCAAGCAGACAAUAACAUGUGGAAAUGUCAUGGUGUAAACCUAGAAUACCAACCAAAUGUACUCUGUAAAAAUAUGUAGAUGCUGGUAUUGAGAAACUACUUGUUUCAGCAGCUAUAUAUGUUUAUGAUUGGAAACGUGGCACCAAAAUGGUUUAGUCUUGGGUGGCAAUAUCAGAAGUACUACAACCCUUUAGAAUCUGCCCUGUAAACUUGGAUCUCAGCUGUCAUUUGUCAUGUAUGUUCUGUCCAUAGAUAGAGAAUACUGUUCUAUGUCUGUGUAUCUCUGUCAACUGUAGAAUGUAAGUAGCACUGUGCCCAUAGAUUGUGUGUGUGUGUGUGUGUGUGUGUGUGUGUGUGUGUGUGUGUGUGUGUGUGUGUGUGUGUGUGUGUGUGUGUGUGUGUGUGUGUGUGUGUGUGUGUGUGUGUGUGUGUGUGUGUGUGUGUGUGUGUGUGUGUGUGUGUGUGUGUGUGUGUGUGUGUGUGUGUGUGUGUGUGUGUGUGUGUGUGUGUGUGUGUGUGUGUGUGCGCGUGUGUGUGUGUGCGUGCAAGUGCAAGCCUACUAGCAUGACACUACUCACUACCAGUGCUUGAGUGUGGAAAUCGGUUGAACAUAUGUAAACCUUUUCAGAACAUAAAGCUAAAUGACACAUUAUUGUUACUGGUAGUUGUCUAGGCCACAACUGCAACAGAAUAUUAUCCAUUUGAUGUAUGUAAUUAUUUUAGGCGUUUUUCAAUGCAGGAUUCAUACUUCCAAACUCCAACUUGCAAGCAAUAUAUUGCACCGAUCUGACCACAAACUGGAAAAUUAUAUACUUGUUUUUUUCCCCAUUUACAAAAAUACUAUUAAAAUGUAUCCACUUCUACUUGAAAAUGUUUACUUAAAACGCUAUUUUCUUUUCCAGAGAAUGCAUGCUGUCAUGUUUGUACCAUGAUGUGGAUGUUAAGUUAACUUGAGUUUCCUUCCUGGAGGUGUCUUAAUUUGCUGAAAAUGUAAACUGUCAGUUAAGUUCAUUCUGCUAAACAAGCAGUGACCAUAAUAAAUUGUAUUGAAUUGA